AUGACAGGAGUCGGGUUAUUCUUUUACUUUAAACACGAAAAAGCAAAAUUAAUAGAAAAACGCAAGGAAGAGCUAGAAAAUAGAUCAGUCGGAAAACCACAAAUUGGUGGUCCUUUUGAAUUAGUUGAUCAUAAUGGUCAUGUUGUUACGGAUAAAGAUUUCCUUGGCAAAUUUUUAUUAGUAUAUUUUGGGUUUACUCAUUGUCCUGACAUUUGCCCAGAAGAAUUGGAUAAAAUGUCAACAGUCACGGAAAAUAUCAAUAAUGAUCCAAAAUUCGGAAAAAUUAUGACACCAAUUUUCAUAUCAUGUGAUCCACACCGAGAUACAUAUGAGGAUAUGAUAGGACUCACAGGUACAUACGAGCAAAUAGCAAAAGUUGCCAAAAGCUAUCGAGUUUAUUUCAGUCGUCCACCUAAGGUAAAGCCUGGUGACGAAUAUUUGGUAGAUCAUUCGAUAUUUUUUUAUUUAAUGGAUCCGAAUGGUCAAUUUAUUGACGCUUAUGGAAAAAGUACCACCGCUGAUAGUGUUACAGAUAGUGUUAAAGGACAUAUUAAAAAUUUUAUUGAUAGAGGUGGCGUAAUUAAGAAAUUGGAAAGUUAA